AUGGUAGAAGAAAAAGAAAGCGCCUUGUUCCUAGAAACAAUGGGUCUUUCCCUGGAGAGUGCAUGCGAAGAGGGAAUUGGCUUCCUGGAAAGAUCAAAAGGAACAUAUGAAUCGAUGAAGAUCCUCAAGAAAGACAUUGAAGCAUACGAGAAGAAGAAAAAAGCACUUGAGCAGCAGAUAGAAAAACUCAGAACAGCAUUCAUGGAGUAUGUGCACUCCAUAGAGACAAUUGAAAAGUCAGAUAUAUAUGUAAGGGCAGUGCCCACAAAGAAGCUUAACCACAGCAGAAUACUAAAAUACAGCCACAUAUUCAUGCCCCCUUCAAUUCCAGAAUCAAUCUCACUUGACUCCACAAUUGGGAAUAUGAUCAAGAAGGCAUGUGCAGACUAUAAACAGGCAAGAUUAAGAUAUGAUGCACUGCAGGCAUUCAUGAAGACAGAACUACCAGGACAAGGACAGAAUGAGUUGGAGAGAAAGUUUCAGAUAUACGAAAAACAAGUGAACUUUACACAGUAUAAGCUAAGCUUUUCUAUUCAAACAAACAAGCUAACACUUUCCCUGUUGAAGUCAAUUUUCAAAGAAGUUGAGUCAAUGGAAAAAGUGUCAACAGACCAUGCGCAUAUUUGCUUGUGGAUGCAAACCAUAAAGGACCAUCAGUGCACAUCAGUGGAGAAUGCAAUAUCCACAGGAAUUACAAAGGAGGUUGCGACUUUAUCCAACUUAGCAUCAGAAGAACUUGAGAGGCACAGGAGAAAAAUAACAAAUGAGUACAGACCGGGCCUUGAGGAAACUGCAAUGGCAGCAGAGGAGGUGUGUAUAAAAAGAAAGCUUAUCCCAAAUAGGAUAGGGUUUGUGAUUCAGAGUGAAAAGGAGAAGAAGCCAUGGCGCAGUUUUUUUGCAAGUUUCCGGGCUGGGUGCAAUUCACUGCGAGGUAGUUUUCAGGUCUAUGUUAACACAAUUAUUGUGUGUGAGAUGGUAUUUGGUUGGAAGUAUGUAAUUAACAAGCACGAGAUACUCCACUUCCAGGCAGAAAAUUCAGUAGUAACCAUAAAAACACACGAUCUGUGCUUGUCCAUUUUCUGCACGCAUGAAGACACGGCAGUUCUGUGCAAAUGGUACACACAAGCAAACCACACAAGCAGAAGGAUGAUGCUCAUGGGAGAGACCUCUUUGUCGAUAGAAAGCAUUCUAGGCAGAUACUUCGCAGACAACACCUCUAAGGAGGAAGACAUAUUCUUAAACAACGGGUGCAUUCUCCUGGAGAGUGAAAUAAAAGAGGGGAAAAUAGGGAAAAGAGCAUUUUUAAAGCAAAUAACAACUAGACGCAUAGCAAUCAUAUCCAUGCUGUACACAGAGCUAUAUACAAUGGAUGGAGAAUCUUCAACCCCGUCAAUAAUUAUUCAGUCAGAUCUAAAAAUAUUCAAGUGGCUGCCAAGUAUUGAGUGCAUCUCAAAGAUAUACCUAAGACAAAGAGAAGAAAAUAAUACAACAGAAAUAUACUAUUGCUUUGAAAAGAGUCUUAGCCUGGAAAUAUUCCAGCCACUCUUCAUAUACAUCAUGCACAUGGUAAUUAAGGCAGUGCAUAUAUCCAGUAUAUGCAAAGAAAAAAAGACAGACCCAGAAAGGCCACAGUAUAUAUUCAGAACAAUCAAGGUAAGUGUGCUUGUAGGCUGCAUAUCUGCAGUAGUAGUGUCUGCAGUGGCAGUGCAUGGAGUUAAGACAGUGCUAUCAUUAUGGCAGUGGAUGCGAGGUAUGCGUUAA